AUGGACGACCACCCGUCCCUCGAGACGCUUCAAAAGAGAGUCCACGAGCUCACAGCAACAUACCAUGCCCGAGGCUGGACAACCGAAGCCACAGCCCUGGAGACGGCCAUCGAAACAGCCAGCAACCGCAUACAGCCCGACACCUCGGACCCAGCAACAAUAACCCUCGACGAACUCACCGUCUGCGUGAAAAGAUGGCUCUAUGCCAAAUCAUGGAUCGUUGCUGAAGACCUCGGCAUCCUGGUCCUGGAUACAUGCGAGAGCUUAAAGGGCGAGCGAGACUCCAUGGCCAUGACAGCAAUGAACAAUCUCGCAUCCGCACACUGGGGCCGCGGACAAUUAGAGCAAGCCGCAGCACUACACAAACGCGUCACAGCUCUCAGACAAAAUUUCCUUGGCGAAUCACAUCCGCAGACCCUCGCUUCGAUGACGAAUCUCGCGUCCACGUACCGGAGCCAGGGUCACUGGGACGAGGCGCAGAAAUUGGACGCCAGGAUCGUGGAAGUUAAGAUCGAGACCCUUGGUCGGUGGCAUGCAUCGACGUUGAGUUCCAUGUCGAACCUCGUGAUCUCGUACACGCAUCUCGGUCGAUAUGAGGAAGCGGCGUCGAUCGCGCGCCAGCUUAUCGACCACGGCGAAGCACAGGGGUUACCGAAGACUCAUCCUUCGUUAUUGAACUGGAAGCUUAGUCUUGCGUCAACGUAUCGGGAUCAAGGGCAGUUGGACCCAGCGGAAAAACUCGAGCGGGAGCUUGUUGCUGUCAGCGUUGAUGAGUUUGGGACCCAUGAUUCCUUCACACUGACUUGUAUGGCGAACUUGGCUUCGACGUAUCGGGAACAAGGGCGCUGGGCCGAUGCAGAGCGUCUUGAGAAGGAAGUUGUUGCGAGCAGUGAGAAGAUACUUGGCGAAACGCAUCCGCAGACUCUCAUGUCGAUCAGUAAUCUUGCUUCAACAUAUCGGAGUCAAGGACGACUUGAAGAGGCUAAGAACUUGGGGGAAAAGGCGACGGCUGUGUUGAAAGAGGUUCUUGGAGAACGACAUCCGAAUACGCUGGUCGCAAUGGUGGAUCUCGCUGUGACGUAUCAAUUGAGGCGACAGUCGCCGGAGGCGGAGGUGCUGGCGGCUCAUGCGUUACGCUUGAUGAAAGAGACGAUAGGUGAAGACCAUCCAUUCACGUUGAGCGCAAUGGCCAAUUUGGGCUAUAUAUACCAGUCACAGAGCAAAUGGGAUGUUGCCGGUGGAAUGGCUGAGAGUGUUCUUGCGCGCAGAGAGAGAACAAUUGGGAAAGAUCAUCCUGACACGUUGGCUGCAUUGGAGGAUUUGAGGAGAGUGGCCUAUGUAGAGGCUGCGGACCGCAAUGCUCAGAGUACGUUGAAUUAG